AUGAAAGCAAAAAUCUUACUGGUUGAAGACGACCCGACGCUUGGAUUUGUGGUGAAAGAUAACCUUGAAGUGAACGGUUAUGAAGUGAUACAUGCCUCGGAUGGAGAAUCCGGCUGGCAGAUGUACAUGAAAUAUAAUUUUGAUGUCUGUGUGCUGGACGUUAUGCUGCCUAAACGGGAUGGCAUCUGGCUGGCUACGCAAAUCCGGAAAAAGAAUGAAACGGUGCCCAUCUUAUUGCUGACGGCAAAGAGUAUGGAUGAUGAUAAAAUUGCCGGCUUUAAGAGCGGAGCAGAUGAUUAUAUCACCAAGCCGUUUAACAUGCAGGAGCUGCUGCUGCGUAUUGAAGUGUUCUUAAAACGUACCCGGCGUAAAGAUGACGAUGCCCCGGAAGCAUUUAAGAUCGGCCAUCUUACGUUUAACUACCGCGACCUUAUUCUUUUUAAUGACGAGCAGCGUCAGCAGCUGACCCAACGGGAGGCCGAUCUGUUGCGUUACCUGGCCAUGAACCCGAACCGGGUGCUGAAACGGGAAGAAAUACUAAUGAAUGUAAUCAUUCGUUUCCUCGUUGAUGAGUAUGCGUUGCUCCACCGAUGCCAGUACCGUCUGAAACGGAUUAGAGAUACUGCCCCACUGCGUACGCUGCUGGUUUUUAUACGUACCGUCCCAUCCGUAAUUAGGAUCAUCGGUUGGCAUAUUGGCCAUAUCAUAGAUCACUUCGCCCCAACGGUUAUAAAUACGGAACCGGGUUACGCUGGUAAUGCCUUUACCAUGCGGGUAGAAGCGGUCGUUCUGUCCGUCACCAUUCGGCGUAAAGGUAUUGGGGAGCCAAAGCUGCUUUUCAUCACAGGUAACAAAAACGGUUACUUCAUCACUGGAUAUACAGCCAUGCUCGCUCACCACGUUUACACGCUCAGUCCGUCCGAAGGCGUCCAGGCGUACGUAGCGAUAUUGGUACCGGUGGUCUGUAUCGGUAUAGAUCCGCCUGCUACGAUAUUACGGUCGCUGCCUGCAUUAAUGGAUGGCAGCGGAUGUACAAUAACGGUGGCCGAUAAGGUAUCUGAAAAGCACUGGCCCUGCUGUAUCGCAACGCGGUAA